AUGAGCGCCGGGAGGGUGCCGUUGGAGGUAGGCACGCGCGGAACCAUCGGCUCACUUCUCAAGAGGGAGAUCGACUACUUCAGAAAAGCCGAGGUGGAACGCGCUCACACAGCCUCCGAAGAGACACCUUCUGCCUCCGGAGGCCGUGGUUUUAAAUUUUCAAUUUCGAAUUGGACGAGGAAGAUGAAGAGGAGGAGGAGCAGUGACAGAGACAGUCACAAUCAAAUUCCUGGUUUUGGUUAUCUAAACCUUAAAGCUCAUUCUCAUAGAUAUGAUGAUGUCUAA